AUGGACACUCCAACACCGACUAUUCCCGCCCGGAAGCAGGCCUUCAUCGCAGCGCAGACUACACUGCUAUCGCAGCCUGUUGCGCCGUCUCGCGCCUGGCGCGCCACAAACGACGCGUCCAACACGCCCAUUCGAAAACGAGUCGUCGACGAUGUCGUCUUCGAAUUUAACCGCAUCAUCGAGGAGCAUUGCCAUCGUGCAUAUGCGCCUCAAGCCAGCCGAGAUCUGGCGGAGCGUAUCAGUGCCAUUUAUAUUGGGCAAACUGAUCGUCGACAAGGGGGCGCAAACGAAGACGCAAGCAUUGGAAAAGAGGUAGAUCUGACCAACGAUGAAACUAUUGAUUCACUCCCGGCUUCUUGGCCGUUGGAAAGAGAAGCGGCGGCCAAGCCUGAAGAUGCGCAAGCUUACUUACGGUCCGUCGCCCGUCUUGCCCAGCUGAGCAUGGAGCGGCAACAGCUUCAGCUCCGUAUGGAAAAGCUCCGCCGGCUGCAAUCCGCCAUUGAACCGCUGCGCACCUCAGAGUCGGGCAAGGGCGUACAAGAAAACCUGGUCACCCGCAACGGGGCCGUGGAAAGGGAGCUGGAAAAGAUGCGCGGCCUGCUCGAUCGCGUAGCCAACGGCGUCGACAGCUUUCGAGAUGCCAGCGCCGGUUCGCGCUCGCGAGACUUGGUCAAUGUGGACGAGCUGCGCACGUCGAGAAAGAGGGCAGUAGACGACUUUCUCGCCAACUCAAAGGUGUUUCCAAGCUGA